AGCUCUCGAAACUGACCGAAAUCGAGAACUCGAUGGCAAUAUUCUGUGUGGCAACUUAUGGAGAGGGAGAUCCCACUGAUAACGCACAAGAGUUUUAUGAAUGGCUACAAAACGGUGGUUCAGACCUAACGGGAUUGCGAUACUCAGUGUUUGCGUUGGGAAAUAAGACAUACGAACACUACAACAAAAUGGGCAUUUAUUUGGACGGAAAGCUAGAAGAGUUGGGCGCCACUCGUGUCUAUGAGUUAGGACUUGGAGACGAUGACGCGAAUAUUGAAGAAGAUUUUAUUACAUGGAAAGAGAAGUUCUGGACUUCUGUUUGCGAACAGUUUGAUCUGCAGACCGGCGAAGAAGUCAGUUCACGACAAUACGAACUCAUCACUUAUGAUGAGAUCGCGGACGAGAAGAUAUUUCACGGAGAAGUCGCUCGACUUAACUCUUAUGUCAAUCAGAAAGCACCCUUUGACACAAAGAAUCCGUUUUUGUCGCCCGUUUUGGUUAACAGAAACCUUUAUAACAGCGAUCGCUCGUGUCUUCACAUCGAGUUAGGACUAAAGGAC